AAACACUAUUAUCAGCCCCUCUGGACUUUAGUUGGAGCUGGGGCAAAGCAGCUGGCCACUUCAGGACGUUCAACAGCAAGUGUUAUUCCUUCGGGGGUUAAGUGGAUCCAAUCCAAGGUGGAAAAGUUGGAUCCUGACAACAACUGUGUCUAUCUGGGGAACAAUCAGAAGGUAUCUUACAAGUAUUUGAUUGUUGCUCUCGGGCUGCAGCUGAAUUUUGAAAAGAUCAAAGGCUUGCCUGAGGGGUUUAAAUUUCCUAAAAUUGGUUCCAAUUAUUCCAUUCACACAGUGGAAAAAACAUGGAAAGCUCUGCAGGAUUUUCAGGAAGGAAAUGCCAUUUUCACUUUUCCAAAUACUCCAGUGAAAUGCGCAGGGGCGCCACAAAAGAUCAUGUACCUGACAGAAGCGUACCUGAGAAAGACUGGAAAACGGUCCAAAGCCAAGAUCAUAUUCAACACUUCCCUCGGAGUGAUAUUUGGUGUUAAGAAGUAUGCUGAUGCUCUACUGGAGAUUAUCAAAGAAAGAGAUAUCGCCGUGAACUACAGAUGGAACCUUGUGGAAGUCAGAGCAGAUAAGCAGGAAGCCGUCUUUGAAAACCUGGACAAAGCUGGGGAAACGCAAGUUUAUCAGUAUGAAAUGCUUCACGUCACUCCUCCCAUGGGUCCCCCUGAUGUACUGCUAAACAGUCCAGUUUCAGACGUCGCUGGCUGGGUGGAUGUAAACAAGGAGACACUGCAACAUGUGAAGUACCCCAAUGUUUUUGGGAUUGGAGACUGCACCAACCUCCCUACCUCCAAGACUGCUGCAGCGAUAGCUGGCCAGUGUGGUGUACUUGAUAAAACAAUUUCAUGUAUCAUGAAGGGCAAAACUCCCACUAAGAAGUAUGAUGGAUAUACUUCCUGUCCUCUGAUUACCAACUACAACCGAGCGAUCCU